GUAAUGUACUGAGUGUUGCAAUGAGCUCCGGUUGUCUUUAUAAAAGAGGUAGAGCAUCUUCGUGAGGAAGACAUCUGCUCAGUCACUCAUACAGUAAACUAUAGAAAAGUUUCCUUCAAAGGCAAACGGACAUCUAUCUCAACCAUGAUGUUCAGCUUGAUGCUGGCUCUACUGGUCCCCGUGGCGGUACAGUCCUCCCUGCAUCCAGUGGACUGUAACGAGGUGUACCAAUCAGGUUCUGGACAGAAUGGGGUUUACACUAUUUAUCCUGCAGGAUCCACCUCACCUGUCCAGGUGUUCUGUGAGAUGUCGAUGGACAGUGCACAUCCAGGAAAGUGGACGGUGAUUCAGAACAGACAGGAUGGAUCAGUGAACUUCCACAGGAAGUGGAAUGAGUACAAGAGUGGGUUUGGGAGCGCAGCUGGAGAGUACUGGCUGGGACUGGAGACGAUGCAUCUUCUGACUAUGAAAAAGACCUAUGAGCUGAGGGUGGACAUGGAGGACUUUGAGGGGAAGAAGGUCUAUGCUCAGUACUCCACCUUCUCUGUUGGACCAGAGGCUGAAGGGUACACGCUAAAGCUGGGUUCAUUCAAAGAUGGAGGAGCAGGAGAUUCCAUGACUCAUCACAGUGGUCAGAAAUUUACAACGUUAGAUAAAGACCAGGACCUUAACGACAACAACUGUGGCCAGAUGUACUACGGUGGAUUUUGGUACAACAACUGCCAUUUUACUAAUCCCAAUGGGAUAUACGCGUGGGGGGAGUCGGCCUACGGUGUUGGCAUCAACUGGAGAACAUGGAAAGACUUCACAUACUCCCUGAAAAGAAUUACCAUGAAGAUCAGACCAGCCACUGGAUAGAAGGGAAACACCUUAAGCAUCUCUAUUUCCUAACAACAUUUUUAAAUCCACAUUUUUCAUAACAAUGAUUGUCAUAAAAAACACAUUACGUUUACCUGGGAGGGGUGUCUUUAUUUCUAAGUGAGGUUUGUGUUUGGGUCUUCAGAGAGUAUCAGUGGGUGCCGCAGUACCCAGAACGUCGUCUGAUCUACUAAAAAGUGGUGCUUUGCCAUAGCAACAGAAACCUGACUUCAGUAAGGGACGAUGUAACUGCUACCCAUCCUCUAACUCUCUCUGUUUCCUACCCUAACGCACGGUCUGUUUCCUACCCUAACGCACGGUCUGUUUCCUACCCUAACGCACGGUCUGUUUCCUACCCUAACGCACGGUCUGUCUGUUUCCUACCCUAACGCACGGUCUGUCUGUUUCCUACCCUAACGCACGGUCUGUCUGUUUCCUACCCUAACCCACGGUCUGUUUCCUACCCUAACCCACGGUCUGUUUCCUACCCUAACGCACGGUCUGUUUCCUACCCUAACGCACGGUCUGUCUGUUUCCUACCCUAACGCACGGUCUGUUUCCUACCCUAACGCACGGUCUGUUUCCUACCCUAACGCACGGUCUGUCUGUUUCCUACCCUAACGCACGGUCUGUCUGUUUCCUACCCUAACCCACGGUCUGUUUCCUACCCUAACGCACGGUCUGUCUGUUUCCUACCCUAACCCACUGUCUGUCUGUUUCCUACCCUAACCCACUGUCUGUUUCAUACCCUAACCCACUGUCUGUUUCCUACCCUAACCCACUGUCUGUUUCCUACCCUAACCCACUGUCUGUUUCAUACCCUAACCCACUGUCUGUUUCCUACCCUAACCCACUGUCUGUUUCCUACCCUAACCCACUGUCUGUUUCCUACCCUAACCCACUGUCUGUUUCCUACCCUAACCCACUGUCUGUUUCCUACCCUAACCCACUGUCUGUUUCAUACCCUAACCCACUGUCUGUUUCCUACCCUAACCCACUGUCUGUUUCCUACCCUAACCCACUGUCUGUUUCCUACCCUAACCCACUGUCUGUUUCCUACCCUAACCCACUGUCUGUUUCCUACCCUAACCCACUGUCUGUUUCCUACCCUAACCCACUGUCUGUUUCCUACCCUAACCCACUGUCUGUUUCCUACCCUAACCCACUGUCUGUUUCCUACCCUAACCCACUGUCUGUUUCCUACCCUAAGCCACUGUCUGUUUCCUACCCUAACCCACUGUCUGUUUCCUACCCUAACCCACUGUCUGUUUCCUACCCUAACCCACUGUCUGUUUCAUACCCUAACCCACUGUCUGUUUCCUACCCUAACCCACUGUCUGUUUCCUACCCUAACCCACUGUCUGUUUCCUACCCUAACCCACUGUCUGUUUCCUACCCUAACCCACUGUCUGUUUCCUACCCUAACCCACUGUCUGUUUCCUACCCUAACCCACUGUCUGUUUCCUACCCUAACCCACUGUCUGUUUCAUACCCUAACCCACUGUCUGUCUGUUUCCUACCCUAACCCACUGUCUGUCUGUUUCCUACCCUAACCCACUGUCUGUUUCAUACCCUAACCCACUGUCUGUCUGUUUCCUACCCUAACCCACUGUCUGUCUGUUUCCUACCCUAACCCACUGUCUGUUUCAUACCCUAACCCACUGUCUGUUUCCUACCCUAACCCUCUGUCUGUUUCCUACCCUAACCCACUGUCACUGCUCAUUCAUAUGUUUUAUACUUAUAUAUUCUCAUCCCAUUCCUUUACUAGAUUGUGUGUAUUAGGUUUUGUUGUGGAAUUGUUAGAUAUUACCUGUUAGAUACUGCUGCACUGUCAGAUCUAGAAGCAUUUCGCUACACUCGCAAUAACAUCUGCUAACCAUGUGUAUGUGACCAAUAACAUCUGCUAACCAUGUGUAUGUGACCAAUAAAAUUUGAUUUGAUUUGA